AUGCCUCCACGCAGAAGCCUCUUCAUGCCUUUCAUCUCGGUGUUCCCGGAGGAACUCCAAGCAGUCCACCGUGACCUGAAUGAGGUGCGAGCUAAAGCCGAGGAAGAGUCCGCGUGGCCCCCUUGCACCAUCGUGCAGUUGCGGCUCAGCCCGGGCUCGAUCCACCUGCAACCGGACGCGCCAGCCUUGGAGCGGGCUCAGAGACGCAGGCGCCUUGCCGCUAACGCCCGGGAGAGGCGGCGGAUGCUCGGGCUCAACGUGGCCUUCGACCGACUGCGCAGCGUCAUCCCUCAGCUGGAAAGCGACAAGAAACUGUCCAAGUCUGAGACGCUCCAGAUGGCCCAGAUCUACAUCGCCACGCUCAGCGAGCUGCUGCACGAAGCGCCGGAGGAGACGGGGGGCGAUGGGGAGGAUCUCCGAGGGUCACCGCCCCGGGAAGAGGCGCCCAGGUCUGGCUCGUAUAGGCGAGAUGCUGCAGAGCUGGUGUGA